AUGGCGCGCUUCCGCGUGCCCUCCCUCCCCAUCCCGCCGUUCCUCCACGGCAUCCCCGCCCCGACGAUCCGCAUAAUCGCCCUCCUCGUGUCCAUCAACAUCGCCAUCUGGAUCGUGGCCGGCAUCAUCCUGCACUUCCACCCCUCCCUUAUCUCCCCCGCGGCCCUCUCCUACCUGCUCGGCCUGCGCCACGCCCUCGAUGCCGACCACAUCUCCGCCAUCGACCUCAUGACCCGCCGCCUGAUCGCCUCGGGCCAGCGCCCCGUCACCGUCGGCACCUUCUUCUCGCUAGGCCACAGCACCAUCGUGAUCGUGACGUGUGUCGUUGUUGCGGCGACGAGCGGCGCGCUGAGGGACCGGUUUGACGGGUUCACGCGCGUGGGCAACAUCAUCGGCACGAGCGUCAGCGCUGCGUUCCUGUUGCUGCUCUGUGCUGGCAACGGGUGGGUUUUGUAUAAGCUCAUCCGAAGAUUGAGAGUCGUGCUGGAGCAGGAGAGGAGAAGGGCGCUUACUGCAGAGGUGGUUGAGGAGGAGGACGAGGAGGCGGCGACGAAUCUGAAGCUGGAGGGGGAGGGGUUCCUGGCGAAUGUGUUCCGUAAGGUAUUUAGGGUCGUUGAUCGGCCGUGGAAGAUGUUUCCCCUGGGUAUCUUGUUUGGCCUCGGCUUUGACACGAGUUCAGAGAUUGCAAUUUUGGGACUGAGUAGCGUGCAUGGAGCGCAGGGCACGAGCAUCUGGCUGAUUCUCAUCUUUCCCGUGCUUUUUACUGCUGGCAUGUGUCUUCUCGACACCACCGACGGCGCGCUCAUGAUGGCACUUUACACGUCCAAGGCGUUUUCGAGAGACAGGGUCGCGAUCUUGUACUACUCCAUCGUGCUCACCGGCAUCACGGUGUUUGUCUCAGCCUUCAUCGGCAUCAUCCAGGUCCUCUCCCUCAUCGCGAACGUGGCCGAGCCCGAGGGAAGCUUCUGGGACGGAGUGGACGCUAUCGGUGAGCACUUUGACAUCAUCGGCGGCAGUAUCUGCGGACUGUUCGUGGUUGUUGGGCUUGGAUCAGUGCUGGUGUACCGUCCGUGGAGGGCGAGGAUGGACCGCAAGAACCAGGAGAGGGCUAUCUUGGUACCCGCCGAGGAGGAAGCUUUGGAACCGGCGGAGGGGCCGAGUUACGGUGCCGUUACGACGCAAGAGCCCGCUUCCAAGAAGGAUGCUGAGGCGAGCGAGAGGGAUUUGCGACUUAUACAGUAG